GUCCUCUUGUUCUGAAGGCUGCGGUAUUGUUCAGUUCCUCAAUUUCGCCGCGAGGGAAACUCAACGCCAGGCACUUGCGCUACCUUCCUGGCAUUCCUCGCAGAUUUAGAAAUAUGUGGCAUUGAGAAGUUAGAGGUGCGUACUAGCUGCCCAUAGAUGUACUGGAAUAACAGAUCAUUAAAAACUACCAGGGCUACCGAUCAUGCCUUCAUUGCGGAAACCUUUUCUCCUUCACAAGAACAGGUUACCGCCGACACGGAGAGCGUUUUGACUGCCAACGUAGAUUCAUUGACUUACCAGGAGCGAUCGUCUUUCGCGGAUGAGUACUCCAGGAUGGGCUUGCGAUCUCCGCUAGUAGUACUCUUGCAGCCCAGCGAACUGCAUCGCAGGUUUCGCAGCCCAGGCUCGUCCAUAUACACAACGGGCUCACGCAGACUGCAUGACAUUCGAAAGAAUGACCUACGUUUUGUUCCCUAUAUCGAACAUCGACUCAGAGCAGGCGACUGGAGCGAGCCAUAUUUCAGAACAUCAUGCUGGUACUUCACACUGACUCGGAUCAGUCCUCUAGCAAAUGUAAUUCGGCCCCAGCACGGUAGUCGUUCAAUCCGAGCUUAUAACCCUUGCGCCCGGGAAUGCCAGCGUGGACUGUAUAUUAUGGUAGCAUUAGCGAUCACUACGCAUCGGGCAGUUCUGCAUAUGAUAUUAGAUGCGAGUGGAGUACUAGUUUUCAGAAUCCCCUUGUUUUCUCGACGUUGUUUUAGGGGAGCGCCACAGCCGACAGGCAACUGCGUGCAUAUUACAUGGUAGAGACAAAUGUGUUUCCAUAUGAGAACUGUCUUCGGAAUAAUAUUCCACGGUACCACAUGCUCAGAUUGUGCUCAGAUCUGGCGAACUUCUCGUACAGCUUUGUUGUCCACAGUCACGAAGGCAACAGAUGAGAUAUUCCUGUGGGCCCAUUCCAACAUAAAUAUGCUAUGUUCAACAAUACCAAUGGCUCCGCACGGUUCGGUUCAGCAUGCUUCGGUCACUCCUUGGAUUCACCACCAAGCC